AUGCCUGGGGGCCGCCCAGCAACCGAAGAAACUCAUCAACUCCCAGGAACAAUUGAUUCAUCUUGCCAAGACGCUACUGUGGGUGAAGCUCAAGACCACCACGAGGAAGGCCAAGAACAACCUCUCUCCCACCCCGCAUUCCAGCCGUUCUUCACUUUGAUCGAAGAUGCUCAUACCUCAGACUGCCACCACCCAACGGUUCAUUACAUAUUCUCCGACGAUGACACCGAUAUAGUGACAGAGGCAGCCCUACGUAGCUUGGCUGUGCAGCAAGAAGCUCUCUCCAAUUCCAAGAAAGACCAGAUCGCGCAGACCCAAGCUCCCAAUCUCCAGGACGAGAUCAAAGACCUCUCCACUCCAGACCUAGCCAAGACCACCCUACUUCCACCGACUAUUGCAGGAGUUCGGGAUAACUAUGUCAUUCUCGAUGUAGAGCCCUCACCACAUACACCUGGGGCAGCGCAAAUCAGCCGGAUAACCGAAAAGCAAGCACCAGGCAAAGGCGAGAGUGGAACGAAGUCCAUAUCAUCGUCGCCGGCGAACAUUUCCCCAGUCCCACAGUAUCAAGGGCAGCUACACCCGCAGUAUCGCGUUACCGCAGCGCAGAGUUUCUCAUCAACAUGGCAGGUCCUCCACACGGAAGUUGUGUCGGCGCCCACUUUCGAGAACAGUAAUCCUGGCGAACUACCAGGACAUGGGUUGAUGCUGAAAAUUCGUGGCACAGAUGGGCUGCCAAUUAAGGUGGGUGGCAUGGAGAAGGGUAGUACGCUUGAGGAGAUGAUGGAUCAAUUUGCAAAGCGGAUGAGCGAGUUGCAGGUUGUUAUCGAUGCUGCAGAGGCUGCGGACUCAUCGAAGGGAGAAAACGACGAGGAAGAAACUAUGCCCAAUUUCUUCUCCCCAGAGACAGCUGAAGAGACUUUUCAGGGCGACGGGGAUGGUGCGGCCUAUGCUGCAGAAGUUGGGGUGAAACAUUCUUGA